AUGACCGACAAGAACAUGCGGGGCAAUCCCAACCCCAAUCCCAACCCCGAAACCCAAAGCUCCAACCCAUCAACCUCAACCACACCCUCAACCCCCUCGCAGCAACCCCCACAACCCUCCCUAGCAAGCCGCAUCCAAAGCUCCGCCGCCGGCCUAGCAAAAAGCGCCUUCCAACCCAGCACCGACACCGCCUCCACCCUAGCAUCCAGCACGAGCAGCAAACCCGCCGGCCCAUCCUCAAACCCCCUCCACGCCGCAAGGGAUCUCUCAACCCCAUCCACCGCCACCGCACAUGGAGGACCAAGCGCGGCACCGCAAACCUUCCGCGAACCCACCCAGGGCGGAAUCGCCCUCCCCGCCCUAACAGAAGACGAGUUCCAGGAACACGCCGACAACAAAUUGUUACAAGCAACGACACUGGCGCAAACCGACCAACCACUGCACUCAGACCUCCAAACGCAAACCGGACCGUGGAAAGGAAAAGCCCGCCAAGAUCCCACGCAACUGCAAUUCGAAACCGCGUGGCAGCGCGAAGCGCCCACCCAAACACAACCCUCUCUCGAUCCCACGGACGGCGCAGCCGUCAUCGCCCUGCUCUCCGACGCAACCUUCGACCCUAACUUCGAAGACCCGACCGCCGUCCCAGACACAGAGUUAGACAUCGCCGCGGCCCCGGCACCGCUCUCUGCGAGCGAGCGGGAAGCGCUCGAUUCCUUCCGCAAGGGACUGGGGAUGGUCGAGGAGAGCGCGACGCCUCGGCUAACGCAUGCGAGCCUGGUGCCGGAUAUAGACACGUUCCUGAGUCAGGAGGGGUAUGGGGCGGGUACGGCUACGGGUACGGCGCCGACUAUCCUGCGGGAUGAUGUGCUGAUGCGGCUGGCUGGGGCGAGUGAUUGGGUUGGGGUGCAGGAGAGGUAUCAUGAUGAAGUUUGGGGGUUUUUGCAGCCUGUGCUUGAGGCGGCGAGGGAGGAGAUUGAGGGGAAGGGGGAGGGGAUUGGGGAGAAUGAGGAUGGGCCGGCUGUUAGGCGAUUGAAGAUGAUUUUGAUGCAUAUGAAGGGGUGA